AUGGAUCGGAUCAGCAAUUUUCCAGACGAGAUUAUAUGCCACAUCGGGUCCUUUCUCUCGGCGAAGGAGGCCGCGUUCACCACGGUUCUCUCUAAGCGAUGGCAUAAUCUGUUUACCAUCGUACCAGAUCUUCAUUUUGAUGGUUCUAUUAAGGAUGGAGAAACUCUUACGGAUUUUGUGGACAGAGUAUUAGCUCUUCCACCCACUUCUCGUGUUCACAAGUUCUCUCUUAAUUGGUGCUUUGAUGAGGAUACCGAGCCUGCUCACUAUGAUCAUAUCAACCGUUGUCUACGUCAUGUGCUCAAGCGUGGUGUCACGGUUCUUAAACUCUCGAUAAAUGGCGAAGAAGGUUAUGCACUACCUUUUGAAGUUUUCACUUGCGAGACAGUUACUGAUCUGUCACUAGGAUGUGGUUUCGUUAUUGACAUUCUCCCUAAGAAUUCUCUUCUUCCAGCGCUCAAGACCCUCUCUCUUUCUUACGUUCGGUUCCAUGAGUUUGGUCGUUGUGCGUUCAAAACGCUUCUUGCUGCGUCUCCUGUGCUCGAGGAAUUAACCAUACGUGGUGUCAACUGGGAAAUUUGGAAAUGGUCCCGCACUGUUUCUAGUUCGAGCCUUAAGAGACUUACUAUAAUGCCUGAAGUGUGGGAUUGUUUUGAUGACUCUGAUUUCAAGAGUAUUAGUUUCGAUACUCCGGGUCUCGCCUACUUGUAUUACUCUGAUUAUGUUCCAAAAGAGUAUCUAAAUGUUAAUCUCGACUCCCUUGUUGAAGCUACUCUCUAUCUUUGUCCGGAAGAAAAAUAUAUGUGGGGGACAGGGGAUGAAAGGCGCUUCCAUCCAAUGAAUCUGCUCAAUUGGCUCAAAAAUGUCGAGACUCUCAACUUGUACACCAUUAUGACUGCAAAGAUGUUUUAUGUCUUCCGUGAAGCACUCCCAGUGUUUGAAAAGCUGUCUUAUUUAUAUGUUAGCCUUUCUAACUUCUGUUGGUCUCCUCUGCCAAUGCUGAUCAAGAAAUCUCCAAAUCUAAAAACUCUCGACAUCAACGGUCCCUUGCACAUUAAGAGAUUUUAUUACUGUGAAGAAGACACUGUUUGCGAGUGCGUGUCAGAGUAUUCAUUCUUAUAGUCGAGUCCUUUGGAGGUCCUGAAGAUAAAUGAGUACUAUGGUUCACUCGAAGAAUUGAUACAAAUGAAACAUUUCUUGGAGAAACUUUCAUGUCUUAAGAUGGUGGAAGUUCAGUCUCAAGCAACAGGUAAAUAUAAGCUGAAACUCGUAGCAGAUCUGGAAAGGCUACCCAGAGCUUCAUCCAAGUGCAAAUUCUAGGGUUCUCUCGGAUUUAGUCGUCUUCUACCACAAUUUCUGCAAACUACGCUUCGGUGUUCUUGUUUCUGCAUAAACGCGGUUUCUGGGUUUUUGGUUCGAGUCGCUAAAGGUUCCAUUAGAGAUUGA